AUGGCUCUAACAAAUGGGUUGGAAAUUCCUAAAGAAGUGCUAGAUGCAGAAAUCAAAUCCUUUUAUGACUCAGCUCCUCCUUUAAACAAUAGUGAUGAUGUCAGUGAAAAACUUGAGGCAUUUGUUAAAAAAAAUUCGCAGCCUUCUGGAAAUGGAGGAGCUAGGAGGGUGGUUUGUGUAACCUCUGGUGGUACCACGGUUCCUCUGGAGCAACGAUGUGUUCGCUACAUUGACAACUUCAGUUCUGGUCACAGAGGAGCAGCUUCCACAGAGUACUUUUUGAAGGCAGGCUAUGCUGUUAUCUUUCUUUACCGGAGGGGAACUUGCCAACCAUAUUGCAGAUCUCUUCCCAAUGAUCCAUUACUUGAAUGUCUGGAAAUUGUGAACGAGUCAAACAUUCAAGUACAUCAGUCCCAUUCACAAGCAGUGAGGAGUGCUAUCACUGAGACUCAUGCUGCGGUGGCAGACGGCCUCUUGCUGAAACUUCCCUUUACAACAAUAUUUGAGUAUCUCCAGAUGUUGCAGUUGGUUGCGUUUACAAUGCGAAGUAUAGGACCACAUGCCGUGUUAUAUCUUGCGGCAGCAGUAUCUGACUUUUACGUCCCUUGGAAUAGCAUGGCAGAGCACAAAAUUCAAUCAGGGUCUGGUCCAUUGGAUAUGCGACUUGUUCAGGCGCCAAAGAUGCUCUUAGUGCUGAGGAAAGACUGGGCUCCCAUGGCCUUCUGCAUAUCAUUUAAGCUAGAAACAGAUUCAAAGAUCCUGUUAGAGAAGGCUGAUAUGGCUUUUAGGAAGUACAAGAUGCAUAUGGUUGUAGCCAAUGAGCUCUUGAGCCGAAAAGAAGAGAUCGUUGUUGUCACCAGCAAUGAAAAGAUUUCAGUUUGUCGAAACAAGUCUCUGGGUGUUGAUGAUGUUGAGAGCGCCCUUAUUGAGCUUCUUGUGUAGAGGCAUUCAGCUUAUGUUGAGAAUUCUGAUCUAUGAUCAAGACUGAUUUCAUAUUAAGAGGAAGAUUAUUAUACAAAAUUUUCUGUUGAAAGCUACCAGAUACAGGGGAUACACAUUGGAGCUGAUAAGGAAAAUAUUAUUUCUCUGGUAUGAUGGAACUAUAUAGAUCUGGUGAAUAAAGCUCAAGUCUUAAUUGUCUGCUUAGAAGAGAUUUCAGAAAGAUUUAGCAAAAGCAAAAGCUCCAUUUAUCAUUGCUAAUCAAACUGGAUAUGACAGUGGUUUGAUCUCUAUAGGAGCUGUUAUGUAUCAGUUUCUCAUCCUUAAUCCGAAUGACUGAAUCCCCUAUGGAUUAGACCGGUUCGAAGACUGGGCAUUGAGCUUCAACCAACAUGGUGGCGACAAAACUUACUUGUUCCAUUACUUCCUAUCAAGAAGAGACGCCGAUGGACUUGUGUUAGCAGCAGCACCAACAACAGCAGCAGAAGCGAAAAAAGUCCCGGACUAGGAUCAAUAAUGAAAGAAAUCAGAACUAAAU